UGGUCGGUGAGAACCAUGACCAAGCCGGAGUCGAAGAAAAGCGGCGUGGCUGCGGGCAAGAGCGUCGGCGAGCAGGUUAACAACGGCUCCGUGGAUCCAGCGUGUCCGGAUCAGAGCACAGCGAUCAAAGCCAAGGUGAUGAAGCAGACCUCCAGGGAGAAUCUGCACCGGAGAAACACAGAGUGCGAAGUCUACGACGACGGAACCAACACCUUUUUCUGGCGAGCCCAUACUGUCACAGUGCUGUUCAUUCUGACCUGCGCUCUGGUCUACGUCACGCUGUUGGAGGAGACUCCUCAGGACACGGCCUACAACACUAAAAGGGGUAUUGUGGCCAGCAUCCUGGUGUUCCUCUGUUUUGGAGUGACACAGGCCAAAGAUGGACCUUUCACCAGACCGCAUCCAGCUUACUGGCGUUUCUGGCUCUGCGUCACUGUCGUCUAUGAACUGUUCCUCAUCUUCAUCCUGUUUCAGACGGUGCACGAUGGACGACAGUUCAUGAAGUACAUUGACCCCAAAUUGGGGGUUCCUCUCCCUGAGCGUGAUUAUGGGGGAAACUGCCUCAUUUAUGACCCUGGAAACACUACAGACCCUUUCCACAACAUCUGGGACAAGAUGGAUGGCUUCGUGCCAGCUCACUUUCUCGGAUGGUAUAUCAAGACUCUAAUGAUCCGGGAUUGGUGGAUGUGUAUGAUAAUCAGUGUCAUGUUUGAGUUCUUGGAGUAUAGCCUGGAGCACCAGUUGCCUAAUUUCUCAGAGUGCUGGUGGGACCAUUGGAUCAUGGAUGUGUUGGUGUGCAAUGGUUUGGGGAUCUACUGUGGCAUGAAGACACUGGCCUGGUUGUCAAUGAAACCGUAUCAGUGGCAGGGCCUCUGGAACAUUCCUACAUACAAGGGGAAGAUAAAGCGUAUAGCAUUCCAGUUCACACCUUACAGCUGGGUCAAGUUUGAGUGGAAGCCUGCUUCAAACCUUCGCCGCUGGCUUGCUGUGUUAGGCAUCAUCUUUAUGUUUCUGUUGGCAGAGCUGAACACCUUCUACCUGAAAUUUGUGUUGUGGAUGCCUCCUGAACACUACUUGGUGCUGCUUCGUCUUGUCUUUUUUGUCAACGUGGGGGGCGUAGCCAUGAGGGAGAUCUACGACUUCAUGGAUGACCCGAAGUUCCACAAGAAGCUCGGCCAGCAGGCGUGGCUGGUAUCAGCAAUCACAGUAACGGAGUUCCUAAUAGUGGUCAAGUAUGACCCCCACACCAUCAUGCUGCCCAUUCCUUCUCUUAUCAUUCAGUGCUGGUUUUUAGGAAUCCUCCUCAUACUUAUCUGGACCGUGUGGCGGUUUUUCAUCCGUGACAUCACACUCCGCUACAAAGAGACGCGCCGGCGUAAACAGGAAGCCCCCGCUGACUGGGACCGCCCGCUGGGCAACGGCAGCACAACCGCCCCCUCCGGUCGCAGCAAACUGAACGGCAGCUCCGAGACGCUGAGGCAGCGGAAGUCCUGAGAGGAAGCCGGUCAGUCACGCUGUCUGCAGCGAAUGAAGGGGGACAGUGAGAGGAGUUGAGGAGAAAUGUAACACAAGAAGACACUUAGAGGAUGGACACAUACUGUUCUUGUGCCUACAUGAACCAAGUAGUUAUAUAACACAGGCAAGGGGGUGAAGGGGGCAAUUUUCAUUCGGUGUAUGUGUAGUUAUUGUCCUACUUCUGGUAUUUACCUCAUUCUGUUUCAAAGAACAUUUGGUGGAUUAACAGACAAGAUAGUUUUGCAUUAGUAAUAUAUAUUUUUUGAAUGUUUGGUGAUGAGGUGAAUCAGUACAGAAUUGGAAAGUAGAUGUGACCAAUAAUUUUUCCAUUUUCUCAACUGCACUUUGUCUUUAAAAACAAAAAAGCGAGAGAAGAAGAAUGGAGGAGGAACAUCUGCCACUGUAAAUAUGCUUAACCCUGUGUUGUGCAGUCAUAUCAGUGCAGGUGAGAAAAAGGAGAGCAUUUAGAGGAGUUUCUGAAGGUGUAAUGACUGAUCUGGAUUCUGUUCUACUAUCCACUACUAUGCAAUCUUCAGUAUCAAACUGGGCGCAAGUAAGGAUAACAACACAUGGCUGUUCAGUUUAGUUUAAGUGACACUUACUUUACCAGCUGAUUCCUGAUUCAUUCUGACAGCUUACACUAGGUUUAGUCCCAGGUACAUGAUGUAUUGUUUACAUGUGGAAGACAAUUGAAGGUUUUUUUGUUUUGUUUUUUUCAUUUCCAGUUCAGCGUUCAUUCCUAGAAGCACUGAGCCUUGAGGGUUCUUGCUCAGGAUCCUCCUUUAGUCACACACAAGAGAGGAAAACUGGUCAAAGCCUUUCUUUCCUCUCAAACUUUGUUCUUGACAAGAACAACAAGAAUAAAAUCAAGAUGUACUAUAUUCUAGUUAUUUAACUGGUGAAAAUAAUAUACUUGGUGUCUGGGAUAUAGUUUGAGUGGUGUUUUUUUGGCUUUUUUGUAGCUGUUUUCUUAUCACUGUUAUUUCUUUAGGGUAACUCGAUGCUAAACACUAGAUUCCUUUUUUGUGAAAUGAGGUUCAGAGAAACCUGCAGCACUAACAUCCACAACAGUCGCAUUGAUGGGAAGCUGUGCUCAGUUUUCCUCAGACUGUGACGUGUUUGUUCCCCGCAACAAAAAAAGGAUAAAUGGCAGAGAUGUGGCUGUUCCUCUACAAUUUUUACCAUUUGUCACUUUAGAAUUUAAUAUUCGAUUCCUUUUAUGCCAAACAUUCUUCCAGUUUUACAUUUUGGGGGUUUUUAUGAUUUUUUUUUUUUCCUUCUUCUUCUUCUCAGCUUUGCAUAUUGCACAUGCAAUCAGCCAAAGCUUAAGAUCUGGUUCUUGCUAAAGCCAUAAGUACCAUCCACCAUGAGGUACCAUGCACCUCAAACUGCUCGUUUUGAUUCUUUCUGAGUUUCAGCAUCGUCAGUGUCUGCGUCUAGUUAUAGUGUUACAAAAGGUCACCUGGAGGUCAGGCGGCUAAAACCAAAUUCACCUGUACAGCCACAAUUACAGCUAAAAGUCCUAAUUAUGAGGAAUUGUCUUAGUUGCUUUUGAUCUGUGUCGGUGACAGCUGCUAAAUGUAGAGCUGCCACGAUUAGUCAGCUGAUAAUGAAUUCAUCCUGAAAACAUCCCAUCACUACUUGCUUACACAUUUUCUUAAAAUGAUCAGCAGAUUAAUCUGAUGAUGAACACAAGUGUUAAUUGCUGCUCUAGUGAAACAUGAAAGUGUUUCAAAAUAAAAAUAAGCUUUACAUUAAAAUUAUUUAGGUGGUCAAACUGAAAAAGCUGGAAAUAUCAGCAUGUUCCAGUUUCACUCCAAACUCUCACUGUUACCAAAACAUUGCGUGCGUGUCCUGUGACUAUUGGGGUUCAGUUAAAUCUGUGUUCCUCACAGUGUCCCGGUGACUCUGUGCUACAUAAAUGAUAUCUGUGAAAUGAGAUCCAAAUUCUGGUCUGUUUUAGUGAGGCUGCAGUCGUUUUCUCGUGAAUGUAAUCCAGCAGAUUCAGAUGUUCAGAUUAGAGGGUCACAAACACUAAACUGAACAUUGAUUCUGCAAGGCUGCACCUCCUGCCGCAACAUUUAAACCACUGGGAUGCUAAUAAGGUCUUCUUUGGGUCUUGUGGGUCAUUUGCAGUGGGUCCUCCAGUUUGACCUUCUGAGGGAGGCCCCUGUUUAUGGGGGAAAUGUUUAGUUGGGAAGUACAUGAUGGAGUUACUUAUGGAUGGACUCAAGGGUUUCCCAGCAGACAAUUGCCUUGUAACGUGACCGAUGUUAAUCACUUCACCUGUCAGUGGUUUGAGUGUUGUGGCUCUUGCUCUGACUGCAGCGAUUUCUGUGUGAAUUUCAAACUAAUGUUUAGCUGAUAUUUCAGAUUUUGUGCUUAUUUAACCUGUGCUGUGCUAAUUCGGCUGCUUGAGGGUUUUUUCUUUUCUUUCCUUUUCUCUAUCAGAUACUUUCAGACACGGGCUGGGUAUCCACUGUGUACCUGUGUUCGUGCCUCGAAUUGGUCAAAACUGUUUUUUGUUUGAACUGAAAACUUAAACCCAAGUUAUGAAUUUGCACAUCAGCUCUGCAUUAGAAACAAGUGAAUUAUAAAAAAAAAUAACUUUAACAUGUAGAAGCAGUGUGGAUCAAAGUGGGAUAAAAAACAAAACAACAAAAACAGGAACUUUAGUGUUUGCGGUUCAGUUUAGUUUCACUUGCAGCCUCAUGGGGGCAGUAGAUGCCUCGUUAUCUCUGCCCUGUGCAGUCAUGUCUCCUGGAGAUUGAUCAUUGACUGCUUGCUGUAAAUGCCAUUUUCAACUUGGAUUGUGUAAAUGUGAAGAUGUUGAUCAUAAAAAGUGAAUAUGCUGCUGCAACACAUACUUUUAUAAUGUUUUCAAUAAAAUAAUAAAAACUGAA